AUGUCCAUGUUUCGCGCCAAGAAGCUCGAUCUGGGCUGCUUCAUCAAGGCACGCACCAUUCGGGAUCACACGAAGCGCAAGGUCUUUGAGCAGCACGAGACGGAGAGGCAAGCGCUGCGCUACAUCAUACGCAACACGACGCUCGCCCCUCGUGUCCGCGCCGAGGCCCAGCUGCAGCUGACGCAGAUGCACUGCUACACCCGCCCGACGCAGAUCCGGAACCGAUGCAUCAUGGGCGGCCAGGGCCGCGGUGUGCUGAGCGAUUUCAAGAUGACAAGAUUUAACUUUCGCAUGGAGGCCAUGGCCGGAAACCUGCCGGGCGUGAAGAGGGCGAGCUGGUGA